GUUCAGGUUAACCCGAAUCCGAGUUUCAGUCCUAUUCAAAAUAAUUCAAAACUCAUGCUCCCUCUUUAAAAUCUCUCUCUCUCUCUCUCUCUCUCUCUCUCUCUCUCUCUCUCAUCCAAGCAUGCCGGGAUUCAAGAAAUCCUCCUCAGUAUCUCGCCAAUCUUCAUACAAUUCCCUCUAUCUGAAUCCUCUCAAUGAGUUUAAGCACAACAGAAGCUUCAGCGAUGGCGACCGCAACGGAAGCCCCGCUGUGGUCGGCCUCCACAUGUGCCGCAACCAUGCCGCCGUCGUCUGCGGCGGCAAGGAGAAUGCCGUACCCAAAAGCGCUUCUUCGCUGCCGUCGAAGACGAAGCCGUUUCUUUCCGAGAGGAAAACACCCUCUUCAACCCCGCUCCAAAACAGGCCUCUGUUGAAGCCUUCUUCUCUCCAGCUCUGUAUGCAGAUGAACGAGCCUGAAUCAGCGUUCCGGUCGGGUCCGGUCGUUUUCAAGGAUGAGAAUUCCAACCCGUCGAAUGUGUGGGACUAUUCGGAUUCGGAUGCGGCACCCGCCUCUUCUUGGUCUACACUUCCUAAUAGGUCGUUGUUGUAUAGGCCUCUUCCAUUGGACAUUGGGAGGUGUACUUGUAUUAUAGUGAAGGAAGCAUCAGAAGAGCUUGGUGGGGCCUCUCUCUAUUCUCUUUACACUAAUGAGGGACAAGGACGGCAGGACAGGAAACUUGCCGUUGCUCGACACAGACGUCGAAAUGGUCGUUCUGAGUUCAUCAUAGCUCAAAAUGCAAAGGGGAUAUCCUGUGGUUCUGAUGAGAGUUUCAUGGGGACUAUAACAGCUAACCUCAUGGGAUCAAGAUACAGCAUAUGGGACCAGGGGAACCCUUUUGAUUCCUCCCUAAAGAAAAAAUCUAAGCUCCUUCUCGCUGUUGUAACAUUCACACCUACCAUAACCACCUUGACAGGAAGUUUCAGAAGCAUGAGGGCGUGGAUACCCAAGCACCAAUCAAUGCAGUUAAAGAAUGCCACUCAGAUUCAACAUGCCAAUGGACUACCCAAGAAUUGGGAGGAGAAGACGAACAAAACCCACCAGCUCUUUUCCAAGGUCCCAUAUUACAAUAAUGUGUCUAAGCGAUAUGAGUUGGACUUCAGAGAGAGGGGAAGAGCACCGGGGCUUAGAAUUCGAACAUCAGUAAAGAAUUUCCAGUUGACUAUGGAGGAGAAGGGAAAGCAAUCAAUUCUGCAACUAGGACGGAUUGGGAAAUCAAAGUAUGUGAUGGAUUAUAGAUUUCCGCUGACCGCAUAUCAAGCUUUCUGCAUAUGUUUGGCAUCAAUUGAUUCGAAGCUCUGUUGCUCAGUGUAAUCUUGUCAAGCUUUGAUAAGCUCGCAUUUGUGCACACACCAUCAUAGGUGCGAUAUCCAAGCUGUCCAUUCAGCAGGUGGGCCAUGAUGUUGGAGAUAGUUCGAAGGGCCAAAGUCUUUCUCAGCUGUACAUUUGGUUUUUGAACAGUGGCCCACCGCCAUCGUGAUUCUUGGGUAACAAUGUCAACAUAGUCUUAUCCCUCUGAUGAUUGGAUUGGAUCUUGCACUAAUGUGCCAUGCUGGCACAUGUGUGGUGUGUACAUGAUCUGCCUUACACACAUGUGUGGACUUAGCACCUUGUUGUUCAGCCUCUGAAUGCAAAAGGUUAGAUUAGAUUGCACUUUUAUUCAAUGUUAGAAGCUUAUGAAGUGUACCACAACAUCUGUUGCCUCUUAAGGACCCACCAUUUUCAGUUCAA